GCCUCAGUUGCGAGGUCGGCGACAGCGGCGGAAAGGUCGUCGGGACCGUCUCGCUCUUCUUCUCGUCAUGUCGUUUCGCCAGCGAAGCCCCUUGGCCGGCCGGACUCGUAGCAGCAGAUCAACCUCUUCGUGGAGUCAAGGCAGGAAGCGCGAUGCAGACGGAAAGCACAGGAAUACACACGAGCCCAGCGGCCCAACCAUUGAUUAUGAUGCAUACAGUCUGGCAGAUGGCAGAUCGGAGAGUUUCACAACCCCAGAGGGUCACAAGCCCCAUUCGAGAUGUUCAGACUGGGGGAGUGCAGUUGAAGAAGAUGAAAUGAGGACUAACGUCAACAGAGAAAUGGCAAGAUACAAAAGAAAGCUUCUAAUAAAUGAGUUUGGAAGAGAAAGGAAGACCUCUACUGGAAGUUCGGAUUCAAAGGAAUCCACAGCAGCCGUGGAACUGGAGACUGACGAGGCUGUUCUAAUGAGGAGACAGAAACAAAUCAAUUAUGGGAAGAAUACAUUGGCAUAUGACAGAUACAUUCAAGAGGUUCCUAGGUGUCUACGGGUUCCAGGGGUCCAUCCAAGGACUCCAAAUAAAUUUAAAAAGUACAGCCGGAGAUCUUGGGAUCAACAGAUCAGGCUUUGGAAAGUUGCGUUGCAUUUUUGGGACCCUCCCCACGAAGAAGGCUCCGAUGCCCAAGGACUUAGCCCUGUUGAUCUUGGUGAUAUGGAAACAGAAUCUGUAGGAAGUAAUUCCUUGGUGUUGCAGGGAAGUUCCCAAGAAAACAAUGUGAAUUGCACAGGCCCCAGCCAAAGCGAGGAGAAGGAUUGAGCAUCGGCUUGAUGACAAAGUCCAGCUCGAGGCACCUUCUGGUAUGAAGCUUGUGUCCCCGGUAGAAUCGAGCGUCCUGCUGCAGGCUCCGUUUUCAGGAAGGGGCAACCCCAGUAGAUUCAGACAGAAAUAAGAAAUUCUCCUGCGUUGCCAUCCAGAGCGGUGGCAACGUUGAGGUGAAAAUCACUGUUUCUCUGGACCUUUUUUUGAAUGCCUAAAAACGGAGUCCUAGGUAAUUGAUGUGACUGCCUAAUUUAUAUGCCUGCGUAUGAAACGCAGGUUGCUUUGAAAGCGGUUGUCCUGUAGUUAAGACAAAACCAGGAUGGGCAACGUUGCCACAGUUUUAGCAGUUAU